AUGCUCGCCGUCGCCGCGGCCCUCCAGCGCGCCCCGCGGCGUGUCGCGCCGCCGGCCGUCGCGGCGCGCCGCAACGUCGCGCUGCGCGCCUGCGACCAAAACCUUUCGAAAAAGGGGACGGUGACGCUCGUCGGCGCGGGCCCCGGCGACCCGGAGCUCCUCACGGUCGCGGCCCUGCGCCUGAUCAGCGACCCGGAGGCGCUCGUCGUCGCGGACCGCCUCGUGUCGCCG